CUACCCCAGUCCAGUGUCUUGUACCCCUCUCUCUCUCUCUCUCUCUGUCUCUCUGUCUCUCUCCAGGCUCAGCAGCUCCACAGGGCUCAGCUCCAGUGUCUUGUCUCUCUGUCUCUCUCUCUCUCUGUCUCUCUCCAGGCUCAGCAGCUCCACAGGGCUCAGCUCCAGUGUCUUGUACCUCUCUCUCUCUCUCUGUCUCUCUGUCUCUCUCCAGGCUCAGCAGCUCCACAGGGCACAGCUCCAGUGUCUUGUCUCUCUGUCUCUCUCUCUCUCUCUCUCUCUCUCUCUCUCUCUCUCUCUCUCUCUCUCUCUCUCUCUCUCUCUGUCUCUCUCUCCUCUCCAGGCUCAGCAGCUCCACAGGGCACAGCUCCAGUGUCUUGUCUCUCUGUCUCUCUCUCUGUCUCUCUCUCUCUGUCUCUCUGUCUCUCUCCAGGCUCAGCAGCUCCACAGGGCUCAGCUCCAGUGUCUUGUCUCUCUCUCUGUCUCUCUGUCUCUCUCCAGGCUCAGCAGCUCCACAGGGCACAGCUCCAGUGUCUUGUACCUCUCUCUCUCUGUCUCUCUCCAGGCUCAGCAGCUCCACAGGGCUCAGCUCCAGUGUCUUGUCUCUCUCUCUGUCUCUCUGUCUCUCUCCAGGCUCAGCAGCUCCACAGGGCACAGCUCCAGUGUCUUGUACCUCUCUCUCUCUGUCUCUCUCCAGGCUCAGCAGCUCCACAGGGCUCAGCUCCAGUGUCUUGUCUCUCUCUCUGUCUCUCUGUCUCUCUCCAGGCUCAGCAGCUCCACAGGGCACAGCUCCAGUGUCUUGUACCUCUCUCUCUCUGUCUCUCUCCAGGCUCAGCAGCUCCACAGGGCUCAGCUCCAGUGUCUUGUCUCUCUCUCUGUCUCUCUGUCUCUCUCCAGGCUCAGCAGCUCCACAGGGCACAGCUCCAGUGUCUUGUCUCUCUCUCUCUCUAUGUCUCUCUCCAGGCUCAACAGCUCCACAGGGCUCAGCUCCAGUGUCUUGUCUCUCUCUCUGUCUCUCUCUCCUCUCCAGGCUCAGCAGCUCCACAGGGCACAGCUCCAGUGUCUUGUCUCUCUCUCUCUGUCUCUCUGUCUCUCUCCAGGCUCAGCAGCUCCACAGGGCACAGCUCCAGUGUCUUGUCUCUCUCUCUCUGUCUCUCUGUCUCUCUCCAGGCUCAGCAGCUCCACAGGGCACAGCUCCAGUGUCUUGUACCUCUCUCUGUCUCUCUGUCUCUCUCCAGGCUCAGCAGCUCCACAGGGCACAGCUCCAGUGUCUUGUCUCUCUGUCUCUCUGUCUCUCUCCAGGCUCAGCAGCUCCACAGGGCACAGCUCCAGUGUCUUGUACCUCUCUCUCUCUGUCUCUCUCUCUCCAGGCUCAGCAGCUCCACAGGGCUCAGCUCCAGUGUCUUGUACCUCUCUCUCUCUCUGUCUCUCUCCAGGCUCAGCAGCUCCACAGGGCUCAGCUCCAGUGUCUUGUACCUCUCUCUCUGUCUCUCUGUCUCUCUCCAGGCUCAGCAGCUCCACAGGGCUCAGCUCCAGUGUCUUGUACCUCUCUCUCUCUGUCUGUCUCUCUCCAGGCUCAGCAGCUCCACAGGGCUCAGCUCCAGUGUCUUGUCUCUCUCUCUGUCUCUCUGUCUCUCUCCAGGCUCAGCAGCUCCACAGGGCACAGCUCCAGUGUCUUGUCUCUCUCUCUGUCUCUCUCUCCUCUCCAGGCUCAGCAGCUCCACAGGGCACAGCUCCAGUGUCUUGUACCUCUCUCUGUCUCUCUGUCUCUGUCUCUCUGUCUCUCUCCAGGCUCAGCAGCUCCACAGGGCACAGCUCCAGUGUCUUGUCUCUCUCUCUGUCUCUCUGUCUCUCUCCAGGCUCAGCAGCUCCACAGGGCACAGCUCCAGUGUCUUGUCUCUCUCUCUGUCUCUCUGUCUCUCUCCAGGCUCAGCAGCUCCACAGGGCACAGCUCUUCGUCCCGGUUGAUGCGGAGACACAAGCGCCGGCGCCGGAGACCCAAGGAACCAAAGAUUGAGCGGUCCUCUUCGUUCAGCAGCAUCACCGACUCGACCAUGUCUGUGAACAUCAUCCCCGUCACCCUGAACAUGGAGAAGUAUCAUUUCCUGGGGAUCAGCAUCGUGGGGCAGAGCAAUGAUCGGGGGGACGGUGGAAUCUACAU